UACUCAGUAUUCUAAAAAAUUCCCGGGGUUUUUUCAAGAUGGCAGGAGCGUUAAAAGAUUUUAUAAUUCUGUUGAUUGAUGUGGGACCAGAAAUGGGAGAUGUUCCACUAAGUGUGGGCGGGGCUGGAGGUGAUGACCACACCCACUUAGAAUCCGCACUAAAAAUAGCUCAACAAAUUGUUUUUCAAAAAAUAUUUUCUGGUAGCAAAGAUGAAGUGGGUGUGGUUUUAUUUGGUACUGCCGAUACUGACAAUCACUUGUCAGCUGACGGAGGGUAUCAAAACAUUAGCUCAGUUUGGGACGUGACUACACCCACCACCGAACUAGCUAAAUAUUUAAAAGAAAAAGUUAAGUGUGGACCUGCUCCUGCAGACUUUAUUGAUGCCAUUGUGGUGGCUAUUGAUAUACUAGUUAAGGUCACCAGUAAUAAGAAGAAGGUUGGUGAGAAGAAGAUAUAUUUAUUUACAGAUGCUAGCAGUGGUUGCUCUGACGAUCAAAUCAAGGAAAUCAUAGAAGGACUCAAGUCAAAAAAUAUUGAUCUUGUCAUAAUUGGUCCUACUUUGCCUAAUAGCGAAACGGAGGAUGACAGGAAUGAUGAUAAUGAUGAUUCUGUUCCUGGUCCCUCUCAUGGCCGCCGCCCCCCAGCCCCUCAUUAUAAGAAGACACCAGCUCAAGAAGAAGGAGAACGUGUUCUGUCCCUCCUAGUUAGUGAGGGUGCUGGUCGUUCCUUCAGUUUCCACGAUGCUAUGAACAUUUCAAGUUUCAUAAGUAAAAAUGCCAAGAAGCAGACGACACGUUUUGCCGGUGUCCUUGAGAUUGGGCCUCAAUUGAAAAUACCGUGCAAGAUUUUUACAAAAUCAAUGCAUGAGAGGCCUGCUACUUGGAAGAAGCUGUCAGCCAUUAGUCAGUCCUCAGCUAAUCCAGGGACAAUGGCUAUUAAUUUGGAGAGGAGCUACCACUUACAGGAUGAAGAUGAAACUGAAGUGGACCUCUCUGAUACUAUUAAAGGUUACCGGUAUGGUAGGAGUCUCAUUCCGGUUUCAUCAGAAGACGACGAUAAUAUGAAACUAUCGGCUAGCAAGUGUCUCUCGUUACUGGGAUUCACAUCAAGAAACAAAGUUCGGCAGGAGUUAUUGGUAGGUUCUUCAGUUCAAGUCCUAAUUGCUAACCCGGACAGUGAACCCUCUGCUGUCUCCCUCUCGGCCAUUAUCCGUGCUCUUUAUGAAAUGGACAUGGCCGGAAUCGCUCGCUACGUAUUUCGCAAUAACGCCAGUCCAAGACUCUGUGCUCUAGUACCUCACAUAAAACCUAAUUAUGAAUGUUUGUUCGUUGUCCAGUUGCCUUAUAUGGAAGACCUCAGACAGUUUUCAUUUGCUUCGUUGUCCCACCCAAAACUAGAGCCAUCAGAUGAACAAUUGACAGCUGUAGAUGAAUUAAUUAAUAACAUGGAAUUAGACGAUGAUUUUAAUACAAAGGAAAUCAAGAAUCCUCUCUUUCAGAGAACAUUUCAGUGUUUGGAGCACAGGUCUCUCAAUCCUGAUGAUCCUUUGCCACCUUUAGAACCAGCACUGGAAAGAUGUUUAAAUCCCAGUCCAGCUCUGUUGAGCCAAUGUUCCUCAUCUGUAUUGAAAGUAAAGAAAGUGUUUCCAUUGACAAGAAUUGAUGACAAAAAUAAAGACAAAACAGCAGUGACCAAUGUAUGGAAGAAGAGUACUGACAUUAAUUUAGAUGCUAAAGAUGGAGCAGAAGGUGACGACAAUGACUUGCCUUCUUCAAAACGUUCCAAAACUGACGAGACUGAUUUCAGCAUUGCCUCGCUAGCCAAGGGUGAAGUUAACGAGGUUGGCACUGUGGAUCCUGUUGGGGACUAUAAGAAAAUGAUUCAAAAUAACAGCGAUACUUUUGAUAAAGCCACUAAGCAGCUGGAAGAGGUUAUAUUCCGGUUAAUUAAAGGAUCGCUGGGCGACGUCAUGUACUCCAAAGCAAUGAACUGCAUUAGAACAAUGAGAGCUGAAGCCAUUCAAGCCUCAGCUCCAGCUGGUUUCAAUGAGUAUUUGAAAAGGUUGAAAGAGGAACUGAUUGGAACCCGCUACUCUUCAUUCUGGGACGAGAUGGUCAAAGAAAGCCUAUCCCUCAUAACGUCCAGCGAAUGUGACAAGAGCAACGUCAGUCAAGAACUGUCUGAUAAAUUUCUGAGUGAAGAUGUUGACACUGUGGCUCCUGUUGACAAUAAAGUUGAAGAGGAAGAAGAUGAAGAUUUGUUGGCAAUGAUGGACUGAUGCUUUAAUGGAUGCACUCAACAGCUAUUGCUUAAAGCUCUUUAUGUUUAACAAAUUUUAUUGAUUAUCAGUUUAUAGCUACUGAAUUGAUUUGAUGAAUGUAUCAUUGUGUCCAGAAAGUUUGAGCUGAUUUUGGCAAAGAAUUUACAAGUUAUGGCCACUUGAAAA